AUGGUACAAAAUGUCGGUUUCACAGCCAGCCUGCGUAUUGGUGUCGACGUGGGAGGCACAAAUACAGACGGCGUCAUCAUCGAUCCAUCACAGCUACAGUCUGAUAACCGCGGAAUCAUUGCUUGGCACAAAGCUCCGACUACUCCAGAGCCUAGUCAUGGCAUCAGAAACGCCAUCCAGGCCAUGAUCAAGACAGCAAACGUCCAACCUCCAUCAGUAGCCAGCGUGACGAUGGGAACAACUCAUUUUGUCAAUGCAGUCGUCGAGCGCGACGCUUCUCGCCUCUGCAAAGUAGCGGUCCUCCGCCUCUGCGGCCCAUUUUCCCAGUUUGCACCACCUUGUGUAGACUGGCCUGCCGAUAUGCGAGAACUCGUUCUCGGUCACUACGCACUCGUCAAAGGUGGUCUCGAAAUUGACGGUAGCUUAAUUUCCGACAUUUCCGAGGCCGAGAUUGAGAAGCAAGGUCGUAUCAUCCAAGAAAAAGGCCUGAAAGCCGUCGUGAUUAACGGCGUUUUCAGUCCCAUCGACACGGUCGAAAAGCAAGAAGAGCGAGCUGCCGAGAUUAUCCGCCGAGUGGUGCCCGGAUGCGAUGUUGUCUGUUCCAAGGAUAUUGCAAAUCUGGGCUUCCUUGAGCGCGAAAAUGCUGCUAUACUCAAUGCCUCCAUUCUGAGAUUCGCCAGGCACACCAUCAGAGCCUUUCAAAGGCCGGUCAAGGAAUUUGGAAUGACAUGCCCAGUCUUCAUUACUCAAAACGAUGGAACGGUAUUGUCAGGACAGGAGGCCGCACGCUUUCCCAUUCGUACAUUUUCUAGCGGCCCAACAAACAGUAUGCGAGGGGCCGCCUUCCUGGCCCAGGGCCAACUGGAAGAGGCCGCCAUCAUCGUCGACAUUGGCGGCACUACCACGGAUGUCGGCAUUCUGCAGACAAAUGGAUUUCCCAGACGGCAAGCGGCUUACAGUGAGUUUUCCGGAAUACGAAUGAACUUUCCUUGUCCACAUGUCAAGAGCAUCGGCUUGGGAGGGGGAUCAAUCGUGCGACGAGAGGGCACAGUCACCGUCGGACCAGACAGCGUUGGAUACAAUUUGACAAGAGAUUCGGUUGUGUUCGGUGGCAACACUCUAACCGCGACCGAUUACACUGUGCUGUCGGAUCCAGAGCUACAACUCGGAAAUCGCGAACUGGUUGCGAACCUAGUCUGGUCGCCUGAGCUCGAGACAAUCCAAAGCAUAAUCAAAGAUAAGUUGGAGCGUGUGAUUGACAAGAUUAAAACCUCCCCAGAGGAUAUUCCAGUCUUUCUGGUUGGUGGCGGCUCCAUUAUCGCGCCCGACUCUCUGCAUGGCGCCAGCAAAGUCACCAAGCCGCGGUGGGCACAAGUAGCCAAUGCUAUUGGCGCAGCAAUGGCCCGCGUGAGCGCCGUCAUAGAUGUAGUAAAGUCGACGGAAUCGAAAUCGUCAACGGCGUGGCUAGAGGAAAUUGGCCAGGACGCCAUCAGGAAAACAGUCGCCGCGGGUGCGUCCCCCGAGACCACCGAAGUUGUUGAAAUGGAGUCUUUGCCGUUGCAGUAUAUUAAUCAAAAGACACGCUUCAUUGUCAGGGCAGCAGGCGACUUUGACUUUUCCAAAGAGGUCACAUCCAGCCUUAAAGAAGAACUUGAUAAGGACUCUGACAGCGGAGCUUUCUCAGACAGAGAGCGCAGCACAAAUACCGAGAAGAAGCCUGCACCAGUUGCAGAAGCCAACAUUGCAACUUAUAAGCCCAAUGUGCGAGAUCGUGUUUGGUACAUUUCUGAAACGGACGUUGAUUGGAUCUCCAUUGGCUGCUACAUUUUGGGCACCGGCGGCGGUGGCUCUCCCUACUCUAGCAUGAUUCGGCUGCGUGAAGACCUCCGACGAGGGGCCAUUAUCAGAGUGAUCAACCCCCAAGAUUUGAAAGACGACGACAGCGUCGGGGGCGGCGGCGGCGUGGGAAGCCCCACGGUCGGUAUCGAGAAGCUACCGGGCAACGAAUUGCUGGAAGCCCAGCAAGAGCUUGCCAAGGUGUGUAGCAAGAGCAUUACACAUGUAGUCUCGGUCGAAAUCGGAGGCAACAAUGGCUUGCAGAGCAUGGUUCUAGGUUCCACGACCAACAUGAACCUCCCUGCCGUCGACGGCGACUGGAUGGGACGCGCAUACCCGACGCAAUGGCAGACCACCCCCGUCGUCUUCAACGAACGAUCUCCGAUUUGGUCGCCGACAGCCAUGGCCGACGGCAACGGCAACGUGGUGGUCAUGACGAGGACCACGUCUGAUUACAUGGUGGAAAAGGUCAUGCGCGCAGCGCUCAGCCAAAUGGGCUCGCACACAGCCACCGCGGACGCGCCCGUAACCGGCGCAGAGACGAAGCGCUGGAUCGUCGAGAAUACAAUCUCGCAAGCCUGGCGGAUCGGACGCAGCGUCGUGCGGGCGCGACAGCAGAACCGCGUCGACAGUGUCGCCGAGGCCAUCAUUGACGAGUGCGGCGGCCCGAGCGCCGGACGCGUCCUCUUCAAGGGCAAGAUUGUCGGCGUCGAGCGGAUGCUGCGCGGCGGCUACGCCUACGGCGAGUGCAUCAUUGAAGGUGCCGACGUCAGGGCAGACGACACGUCCUCCGGACAGUCAGGCGGUGGCAGCGGCGGCGGUCCCGGUGCCGCCUUUCGCGGACGCAUCAAGAUCCCCUUCAAGAAUGAGAAUAUUGCCGUUUUGAAGCUGCACGACGGCAUUGCGGAAGAGCGUCAGCAAGAUGUGCUCGGAAUUGUGCCAGAUCUCAUCACUGUCAUUGACGCGCAAAACGGCGAGGCGGUUGGCACGCCAGAGUACAGGUACGGCCUGCUGGUCAUAGUCUUGGGGCUCGCAGCAAACGAUAAGUGGACCAAGAAUGAGCGAGGAAUCGAGCUUGGCGGACCGCCUGGGUUUGGUUUUCAUCAUUUAAAGUAUCAGCCGCUGGGGACCUUUACAGAGCCGAAGAGUGUCAUUGACGAGUUUAACACGUAA